CACCUCAGCACGCAGCACCUCGCUUUAACAGCGUCGAUAUAAACCAGGGUUAGACUGCGAUGUUUGUGUGACAGGCGAUCAGCCGCUGGCUCUACGAGAGGAGACUGAGAGUGUGUGUCUGUGUGUAUUUGUGGUAUUCCUUGUAUGGAAACUAGUCCGGGCUCGAGGGGGAGCGAAGGGGAUUGAUGAGACUGGUUUCACAGGGCAAUUGGAGGAGGGGACUGAGAGUCCAGGACAGUGACGAUCACCAGCAGUUUGCACAGCCCCAGGAUAUAUCCCAAACCAAGAAAAAAAACAAAAACAAAACUAAGCUGCUUGGAGAUGGAACCCGGGCUGAUGGCGGCUCUUCAGAUCAGCCGCUAAAUGUUAUAGUUUGGGAUUAUUAGAAUUUGUUGCUGUUGUGAACCUAUUCUUGGAAUCUCAUCUUCCUGACAUUAACUUGGGACAGGCAGAUUUAUUUUUAUUCUGCAUUUAUUUAUUUUCCCUUCCACUUUGUUUUAAAAUACAUUCACGGUGGAAGAUGGCUGCUUGCAGGAGCUCACUCUGUCUAAUAGCAGUUAUACAGUUGUGCCUGAUGCUAUCUUGUACAUCGCAAGAAAGCUUUCCUCAAGCUAACGAUAUACGGUCGUGGGCAGAGAAAAUGAAAGAUGACCUUGUGAAGUUGGUGCGCACUUCGAGUGGAGUGGAUCAGAUGGAACAGAUUUACUUGAAAAACAGACAAUACUAUACAGUUGAAACAAACAAUGCUCGGCGUUUGGUAGAAAGUGCAGCAAGAGAAAUCGAAAAACUUUUAAGUAACAAAGUGGAAGCCCUGAAAAGACUUGCCAAAGCUGCAGAGGAAUAUCAGGAGAAACAUACUUGGAGAGAAGAAUUUGGGGAUAAUGAUGUGAUAUACUACAAUGCAAAGGAUGACCUCAUGAAUGUUUUAAAGCAAGACAAAGGAUUCACAAGGUUCCAGUCUGACAGAAAUGAAAGCCGCCCAAGGAUCAAACCGGAUUUUCAGUUCAACCAAGCCUUCCGACGCCGUGUGGACUUCAACCACACAGCUGUCCACAUCCCCACUGACAUCUAUGAGGGUUCAACAAUUGUUCUAAAUGAGCUGAACUGGACUUCAGCGCUGGAUCAUAUUUUCAAGAAAAACAAAGAUAAAGACCCAACAUUAAUGUGGCAGGUGUUUGGAAGUGCAACUGGCCUGGCUAGAUAUUAUCCAGCAUCUCCAUGGGUUGAUCUAACAAAGACUGCCAACAGGAUCGACUUGUAUGAUGUUCGGAGAAGACCAUGGUACAUUCAGGGAGCUGCUUCACCCAAGGACAUGCUCAUUCUUGUGGACGUGAGCGGAAGUGUUAGUGGGCUAACAUUGAAACUAAUUCGGACAUCAGUCUCUGAGAUGUUGGAAACACUGUCUGAUGACGACUACGUGAAUGUGGUUUCUUUUAACAAUCAAGCAAAACCUGUCAGCUGCUUCAGACACCUUGUGCAAGCCAACGUCCGAAAUAAGAAAGUUCUCAAAGAUGAAGUUAACCAAAUACAGGCAAAGGGGAUCACUGACUAUAAGAAAGGGUUUACAUUUGCUUUUGAACAGUUGCUAAAUUUCAAUGUUUCCAGAGCUAAUUGCAACAAGAUCAUCAUGCUAUUUACAGAUGGUGGAGAAGAAAGAGCCCAGGAAAUCUUCACAACAUACAACCACGAUAAAAAAGUGCGAGUGUUCACCUUUUCAGUUGGUCAACAUAACUAUGAUAAAGGACCAUUACAGUGGAUGGCCUGCACCAAUAAAGGCUACUUUUUUGAAAUUCCUUCCAUUGGAGCAAUACGUAUCAACACACAGGAAUACUUGGAUGUGCUUGGAAGACCAAUGGUUUUAGCUGGCACGAAGGAAAAACAAGUUCAGUGGACCAACGUGUACCUGGAUGCAUUGGAACUCGGUCUUGUUAUCACAGGAACGCUGCCUGUCUUCAACUUGACUAAAGAUGCCAGUGGAAACCAGAAUCAAUUGAUUCUUGGAGUGAUGGGCAUUGAUGUUUCUCUUGCGGAUGUGAAGCGGCUCACACCACGUUACACUCUUGGGCCUAAUGGAUAUUACUUUGCAAUCGACCCCAAUGGUUACGUAUUGCUUCACCCAAAUCUCCAGCCUAAGUCAAUUGGUGUAGGGAUCCCAAAGGUUAAUUUAAGGGAAAGACGCCCUAAAGCACAGAAUCCCAAAUCUCAGGAGCCCGUCACUUUAGAUUUUCUAGAUGCUGAACUGGAGAAUGAAAUGAAAGUGGAGAUUCGGCAUAGCAUGAUAGAAGGACAAAAUGGUGAGAAGACUCUCGACACUCUAAUCAAAUCCUACGAUGAGCGGUAUAUUGACAGAGGGACUCGAACAUAUACAUGGACUCUCGUGAAUAGCACAGAUUACAGUUUGGCCCUGGUUCUCCCGCCAUACAGUUCCCACUACAUCAAAGCCAAACUGGAUGAGGUUAUCACCCAGGCGAGGCACUUAGAAUCAAUACUGCCCGAUAACUUCGACACAACAGGAUAUGUAUUUGUCGCCCCAAGGGAAUACUGCAAUGGGCUGACUCCUUCAAGCAACAAUACAUCAUUCCUUGAGAACUUUAUUAAUAUUAUUGACCGGCAAACUCCAAAUUCUCCGGAAUGCAAAACUGAUCUGAUCAAUAACUUGUUACUUGAUGCUGGAUUUACAAGUGAACUUGUAACAAACUAUUGGACAAAACAAAAUCCGGCUGGAGUUCUUGCAAGAUUUGUUGCAACUGAUGGAGGAAUUACAAGGAUUUACCCCAAAAGUGCCGCGGAAGAAUGGACAGAAAACCCAGAGACAUAUGAAGCAAGUUACUACAAAAGGAGCCUAAACAAUAAUCUGUACAUCUUCACCGCACCUUAUAUCAACAAAACUUGGGAUGGAAUACAGAGCAGUGCAGAGUCUGGCAUUAUGGUGAGCAAAGCUGUCGAAAUUAAAAUUGAUGGCAAACUUUUGAAACCUGCAGUUGUUGGAGUAAAGCUUGAUGUAACUGCCUGGAUGGAGAACUUCACCAAAGUAGCAAGUAAGAGUAAGUGUUAUGGUGAAAUCUGUGACUGCACAAAGAAUAGCAAGCAUUUUGACUGUGUUAUAUUGGAUGACGGUGGGUUCCUGCUUAUGUCAAACCAGGAUGAAUAUAUUGGAAAGAUUGGCAAGUUCUUCGGUGAGAUUGAUCCAAGCCUGAUGAGACGCCUUCUGAACACAUCGCUAUAUGCCUUUAACAAGUCCUAUGAUUUUCAGUCUGUGUGUGAUCCAGAAACAGAGACAAAAGCAGCAGCUGGGCUUCGCUCAGUCUUUGUUCCCAGCAUAGUCGAUAUUUUGAAUAUAGGUUGGUGGGCAUCAAGUGCAGCAUGGUCCAUACUACAGCAACUGUUCCUCAGCCUUACCUUCCCACACUUUCUUGAAGCAGUAGAUGCAGAUGCUGAAGAUUUUUCUGAACCGUUAUCAAAAUCUAGUUGCAUCACUGAACAAACGCAGUAUUACUUUUAUGAUAAUGAAUCAUCCUUCUACGGGCUUGUGGAUUGCGGUAACUGCUCGAGGCUUUAUCAUGCGGAGAAGCUCUCCAAGACAAACCUGGUAUUUAUACUGGUGGAGAGCAAGCCCACAUGUCAGUCAUGUGACUCAAAGCCUCUAAUGCAAGCAGAACAAAAAUCUGAUGGACCUGACCCCUGUCUUUUGGCUCAGAACCCCAGGCACAGAAAAGGUCCUGAUGUAUGCUUUGAUUCUGAUGAGCGUGAUGAGCCUAUAUGCACAACGAGUCGUGCCUCUGCCGUGGCGUCAGCUCGUCUCUUCAUUUUACUGCAAGUUUUGAUGUGGUGCGGAGGGAGGAUGAUUCCGAAUGCGGCAGUGGCUCUCGUCUGAGUCCAUCCUUAUGGUCAAUGAUAGGGAUUCAGCUAGCUCUGCUCUGGCUACUAAGUAGUGCCAGACAUUAUCCAUCAUGACUGCAGAGAACGGACAGCCAUCUCCGCUUUCUAGACCCACCACACUGUAGCCCUGGCUUAAACUAGGGAAUUUUUGACCCCAGGCAGUAGAAGACUGACCAUUUCCAUAUCCUGGUGUAUCACUGUGUCAAAGAUUCAUUGUUGACUCUCCAUACGAAGAAUGGUCAAGGUGCUCCAUUGACAAGUUUUUUUUUAGUGGAAAAUGUUAAAUCAUACAAUGGUAGCAAACUGAAUUGUCAGUACCGAAACCUGCCAGGCAACUAUGGGAAUGCUAAUACAUUUAUACAAUGAAACAAUUCAUUUAAAAAAAUCUAGAUUUAUUUAUCAUUAGGUUCAUAUUUUGUUAAGCUUACUUUUAUCAAGAUAAACGGUUAUUCUUUAUUUAUGGCUUACAUUGACUCACUGAGCUAAUUUUAAAACAACUUACAUGGGCUAGUGACAUACAGGCACAAUCAACUGUCCUAUUGGUAUGAGGCCAGAAAGCUUAAACAUGACCAUGUUGGGCACCAACCAGUAAUUGCAAUCUUUUUAAGGUUUUGAUACACCAAAAUCCACUGAUUAUUCUGUGGCUGUGCAAUUAUAUUAUUGUGAGCUAUUCUGUUACCAAAUGAUGCCUGUAACCCCCUCGUUCCCCCUCAUUAAGCCAUAUCUCUAUGCCUGAUGCCCUUCAUGUUUGCUGAAGCAAAUACAUAAUGAUUGUUGUAUCCCACACAAGGAAUAGUGCUAAGGCUUGUGAAUGAAAAAGCUGUUGUUGUGGCAAUUGAGUUUUGGACACUGAUGCUUUUUUUUUGCAUGAAGAUGCUGCUACUAUUUUCUCAUUCAGUUUUACUGUAGGAGUGUAGUUAAUGUGCAAAAGCAACUGAGUGAACCAAAUGUUGUUGAUGUGAAAUUUAGAUAAUAUGAUGUAAAAUAACUGUUUCACUUAUAACAACUAUAUGUUGUCAAACAUACCUCUUUCAAAGUGCAGUGAGCAGGCUGAAAAGAUGGGAAUUUUACACAUAGGUGAUUUCAAGAUUUAGAUUUUGUUUUCAAUAGUUGGGAUUAAGACAAGUGCUCCCAUAACUACAGUACCACAAUCUACUGCUGUGCAAUUUCUGUAAUAUAAGAAUAAUAGGACUUGUAUAUGGCAUUUUGUUGAAUUACAAGAAAAUUCCCAAAGUGUUUGAAAGGCCGCAAAAUAAUUUGAAUUAAAGCUGAAAUUUAGUAGACAAUUUAUUCUAUGGGAAAAUUAUAUAAUAUGACCCCUGAUAAUUAAAUAUAGGGAAUUAAAUUUUACAUGACAAUAAAGCGGGAAUGUUGUUUAUUGAAAAUUGUGAUGUGAUACUCGGCAACCCAAAUCAUUUUAUGCCAACAAAAUAGAAAAAGUGUGCAUUUUAGUUGAACAGUGUGUUGAGGACAUAUACAACAACUGUCACUUCAUCUAUAUUUCAGCCUGUCUUAGUGCACAAUAUUUAUUGAUUAUUCAUUCUUCUUUUUGUUUAAUUUUAAGAGAAUCGUUCUCUGGUCUCCAGUCAAAAAUGGAUGUAACUCUAAAGUAUUUAAAUUGGAGAGCAUGCUUUAUCAAUAUGGGCCAUCUGGGGGUAAAGAGAGGGGACAUUUUCCUAAAAAACACAAUUAAAAUUACUAAAGAAGUUAAAAUGCAUCAGUAAAAGAAAUGAAGAUGGCAAUAGGUCAUUAAAUGCUACGGUUAUCUCAGCCAUCUACUUUCAUCCAAAAGGAGAGAUACACCAGUAAGUUUGCAUGAUCAGCUCAGUAUUUUGACAAAUAAUAGCAAUGAGAUGUUAAAGUAUGUGGAAACAGUAUUUAGAAUGUUUUGGACAAGUGAAGGAGGGUUUUAUUGUGUGACUGAUAUCUUUUUGAAUAAGAAUUUCAGUUGAGAGUCUGUCAGUUGUAGUCCCAAAUUCAAUGGAUUCUACAGCUUUUGUAUCAGUGACCCUUCUUCUGGCAAGAUUUUAGUUGUUGGCUUUCAUUGACGCAGUAUCAGAUUAACAGGCAAUUUCAUCCACCUUUUGGGGCCCAGGCCAGGAACCCUGUCCUUUGCAUUAUUGAAUAGGAAGUGCCCUGUGCUGUAACCUGGAGAUUCGCCAUUACAACAGCGGACAUUUGAUUUGUGGGUUUGCCAAAGUGAUACUGUGGCAUGUGACCAAUGCAUUGUCUCACAAUUAUUUUGUCCCAAUGAGGAGCGAGUCCACAUUCAAGAACCUUACAGAAAUUGAAAUGCUUGGAGAAUUAUUCCCCCUUUAAUAGUAUAUAAAACAAUCCAAGUUUCAUAGUUUCAUCAGUGGACCAGAGAUGCUAUUCUACUUGUAACUCCACCAAGUCAUCCCAAAGGGCAAACGACUUGUACAUUAAUGAACUAUCUCAUGUCUGACCAGGCAGUAUUAUCCCCAGUUCACAGAUCUAAUGAGUGCUUUUGCUGAAAAUAUAACACUGAUGCAGAACCCACCAGCAAACCACUAGUAUGUCACAAACAACAAGUAUAAACAGCAAAUAAAAAUAUCCCCACGUUAUUAUUUAUAACUCCUCUUUACUCUUUCUAACAUAUAUAAUUCCCCGAUAGAUAACUCGGGCAGUUCCUUCUCUCUGAGGAUACCACUUUGUAACAGCCAUCACACGUAAGCAAUCUGGGUUAAUUCCCCCUCCCAUUUUCUUCUUGCCACAUUGAAGUUAAUGCUGUACUUAAAUGUGUAUGGUUCAGUGCAAAUAUUCCUUCUGAAAUAAUUGGAAUUAAUGAAAGACCAUAGGUAGCAUGCUCCAAUUUAAGUGCUAUCCUGGUACAGUUGACUGUCUGUGUUAAGCAGCAACUUGCUGGCAACUUGGGCUUGCAGAUGAAUUAUAAAGAGAGAGCAUGUAGGAGAAGCUAUGGUGUAGCAUUAAAUUUAUUGCAUCUAGCUGUGAAUACUUAUGAAUUAUAUUUUAAGUAGAAAAACAUUUUUAGCAAGGAGUUUGCACCUUGUUUUUUAAUCUUGGUGUCACAAUUCAGAGAUGAUAUCAGAAAUAUUUUGAUUUCAAAAAUAAAGCGUUUUUUCUUUUUUUUCCCAAGUUACCAUAUUAAGUUUGGUUUGUACAUAAAUAUGAGGAAACGCUACUGAAAAUCUUACAAUCUAUGGAGAAAUAUUCAAAUUUCUAUGAUUCUUUUUGUGUUGAAUAAUGUGCAUUCUGUGACUGGAAAUCAUGUACAUCAUACUGCGCUGAAAACUGAGCCAGUUUGAUUUUAAGGUUCUGAGAAACCACUUCUACUCAUAAAUUUGAAGAAGUGAACUGAGUACAUUUUUGCAAAAAGUAUUUUCCCAGCAUGCAGUUGGGCCAUCUUCUGCUCAUUAAUACUUAUUCAUAUGUUUAUUGCCAAAUGGAAGUUCACAAAGAUAAAGGAAAUGGUUAAUAAUGUUAUUGCCAACCUUAAGACAUACGGAUUUUCUUAAGGAGUUGACUUCUUUGGGAUUAACAUUUGCUUAUCACUUUGAAGAAACCUAAUUGGUAUACUCUGCUAAAUUUCAAAGAAGAGUGGAAAAUAUAAAACUAGGCUGCUUCCAGCCCUCCCUCACAAAUUUCUCAGUUGUAUAGAAUUUUGUUAUUACAUUUGGCCUGAUAAUAGUUACGAUAAUGAAAUAUUUGAUUGUAGGUUCCUUUGCAGAAAAUAAUGAGUGAUUUGAUUUUUGCUUUUAUCAUAUUACUUGUUUUGAAAUAGAUUUGAUGAAAUUGAUUGAUAGAUAUACUUUCUACCAGCCCUUGAUGGCUACAAUCUAGAAAGUUAAUUGAAUCCAGCCAAAAUCCUGAUGUCAAGAAACUGAAUUGAUAUGUGCUAAAGAUAUUGCUUCACAGCCAUUGUAAUAGUUAUGCUGAUACCUGUAAUCCUCUGAACUCCAAUCGGAAUGAAUGUACAGAUCAUUUCAGAUAUUGGAUAAUCAACCUGUGAAGACAAAAGGAUUGUGCAGUACAGAUGUACAGCACUUAAAUGGGUUUGAUGCAAUAGUUCUGAUCGGUUGUGAAUGGUUCAAAUUCAGUAAAAUAAUUAUUUUCCUUUUCACAGAAUAGUACUGAGAACGUGCAUUUAUCAUCGUGAGUUUUUGUUUUCCUUUUCAUUAUCAAGAUGAUAGGUGUUUUCCUGAUGUCUUUAUUCUGCUUUCCUGUUAGAGGAAACAUAUUAAUAUCUGUUCAAUGUUUAUGAUGAAAUCAGCUAAUGAGCGGCAACCUAUCAGCAUAACAAUUUCUCUGGCAUUGGGACAACAUGUGAAUCCCAGUCCUGAUGAUAUCCAAGUCCCAUAAGAUUGUGUGAAGUUUGUCUGGGGAUCCUUGAACAAUCAGGGUUGGCAGGUGGCUUCUGUGGGUGGGAGAGCCGGUCAGACUGUCUCCAGUUAUAGAUGGUCGUCAGUUUCACCGGCAGAAGUGGGUACUACAGUUUGAAACUGUACAUUUUUUAGUGUGUUUUAUAUACAUGUCUCAGUAUGUCAUGAUGUGGCACCAAUUUAGUUAUGUAGGAGAUCAAUGAUUCUUCCAAGUAAAAUGAGAACAUUUUCCUCAAUAGGAGCAAAGUGAGCCAGUUAGUCUUCAUAUAUUACAGAUUGAUCAAUCUUACCAAACCAUGAGUACUUACCUCAAUUUAACUUCAAUAUAUCUACAAUAUACUGAAGUAUUGGAUUUUUUUUUACAAUUGUAAAGUGGAUAAUGAAGCACCCAAUUACAGCGUAAUAAAAUGUGAGGCUGGAUGAACACAGCAGGCCAAGCAGCAUCUCAGGAGCACAUGAGAUGCUGCUUGGCCUGCUGUGUUCAUCCAGCCUCACAUUUUAUUAUCUUGGAAUCUCCAGCAUCUGCAGUUCCCAUUAUCUCUGACCCAAUUACAGCACCUAUUUCCACCCCUGGUUCAUUCUGUUUAUUGUGCAGGUUAGGAAUUUCAGACUUUAUAAUCUGCACAUUUCCAGAUCAUGCAGUUUAGAUUAUGAGCCUUCCUCUCUGCUAAAGAUAAAAAUGUUUGGUUUUCCUGGUAAUAAUUUUCCAUUUAGUUUCUAAUAUUUUUGUUUUGUCUUUUCUUUUGAAUCCACAUUUAUCAGUGUCCUUAAAUGUUGAUAUGUUCAGUUAUACUGAACAUUUCCUUUCAUCUGUCAAAUUUCAUCAGAUAGAUGACACCAGAAAUAACAAGAAUUUAUAUUAUGAUCGAUUUUCCUGCAAUGAUAAGGAUUCCUUUAAGGUACCACGCUGCUCAUACUUGCAGCAAACCUAUUGCAGGAACACACUUGAGGAAAUACCAAGUGCUGCUUUUACUUUUAAAUUGGCUUUGGCUUAAAGUUUAGUUUCAGAAUUGAAUUUAAUUGCAGCUGCAGCCAAAUUUGUCCUCGAGUUACCUGGUAGUUAUUAGGUGCUUCUUUCAUUCUGCUAAAAAUAAUUAAAGGAUUAAUGUUGCUUCAGGUUUUUCUGGUGUAAUGUGAAAUGCUUAGUAAAUAACCCUUUGAGAUAAAGUGUUCGUCCAGUUGCCAAUUCAUUUUUCACAUUUAUUUUAAUCAGGUAGGUUAAACACCUUGUCAAAGAUUUAAACUGACUCUCACACACAUGAGAAGGCUCUUCAAGUUUAUUUAUUUCAAAAACUAAUCAACAUUUUUGUAAAGAAAUAUUUCUUACUAUCUGAAACUUUAGAACCAUGAAUCUUGUUCUACUGCCGUAGCAUGUCUGUGAACUUUAAGGAAAAAGCCAAUAGGAGAAACCAGAUGUUUGUUCAAGGCUGGAUAAUUCAAUUUUAGCUGAGCAACACGAUCCUCCAAGUUCUCACCUCCUGGAGGCAAGUAUUCACCUGGGAAAGACAACUUUAAAAAAAAAUCCUAGAUCAAAUUAAAGGGGUUGGGGGAAGGUAAUCAGACGGAGUUGCAGGAAACCACGCUAUUGCUGGGAAACAUAGUUAAAAUCUCACUAACCUUUACCAUGCUUGGAUAUCCACUACAGUCACAACAUGUGGGUCCCUUUUGAACACUUGCAGUGAAGCGAUAUUCAUUGCGUUAUUAGUAAUCUGUUUCAAAGUGUGAUUCCUAAGCAUUCCAACAUUCUUUGCAUAGAUAAAUAUUGCACAUCUCCUGGUUCUCCAUUGCUGCAAAUGCAUAUAUUCUAUCCUUGAAGAUACAUCCUCAUCCCUUCUUUAUUUUAAAUAUCUCAAUCAAAUCUCUCUGAAGUCCUCGUCUUUUUUUUAAUUAUAAGAAGUGCCAGUUCUCUAACCUUAUCAUGCUAAGUAUAGGUUUAUAAGCUAGGUUUCAAGCCAAUAGCUCAUUUCUGAUCUUUUAUCAGCAAUUCCAUAUCAUCCACCAAAUAAGAAAUCUAAAACUGAACGCAGUAUUCUGAAUGAAGCCAAAACAAAAUCCUGUGAGAUGAUAUUAGUGCUUUUAGUUUCCACUAAUUUGAUCCUUAAUCUCACAAAUCUUUACCCUUUAGGGCAAUCUUUAGUUUGGCACCUUGUUAAAACACUUUCGUUUGAAAACCGAACAAUUUCAAUGUCCAGCAGCCUACCAUCUUCCUCAGGAAAUUGAACCAGUUUAAUGAGAUAUGACUUCCUUUGCUUGACGUAAAAUUGAGAGUGCCUACCAACCCUUGUUCUGUUCAUGUGACCAUACAGCAUCUUGUUAAUUUUUCCUUUUAAAAAUUAAUCUAUAACUUUGUGAGUUGUGUUUUUUUUUAAUAUUGGCACAACAUGAGUCAGCCUUGAAUCCACAGGGGCAAAAACCCUAACUCUUAUGUUGAAACAUUGUAUACAUGAGUGACACAUUUAAUACCACAUAAAGUAUUGUAAAGAUUUCCAUUAUCUGUCCUAAGUAUAUAAAAUACUGGAACCUCUCCUCUGAAUUUUCUUUGUUCAAAGUUGAAAAAUCUAAUUUAAAAAGUUGGUCUAUUUAGCCUUUGGAAUUGGGAACCAACCUGGUUGGAAAAGUCUGCAUUAUUUUAAGGGAUUGCAUGGUCCUCUGUACUUUGUCAAACAGACUGGACUAUACUCUGAAGCAAUGCCUGAAUUUAUAACUCUACAACUAUAGCAUGAAUUCUAGAGAUUUGAACAGACAAUAAAACCUAAAUAUUUUUGUUUCCUAACUGAAUGUAUGAAUUAAUAUUGCAUAAAGCCCGAAAAAAGUGUUCAUUUCACUAAGUACAAAAAUAGAACUGUGAAUAGGAAAUUAAAUCGACAGUGAUUAUUCUACUGAUUAUUCAUUCAAAAGAUGAGAUUUACGACUGUUUGGGAGAGGGGCAGGGGAGAAAUUAACAAAAUUGUUGUGUCCACAACAAUACUAGUCAGUGGACAGUUUGAUUUAAAUACUUUCAAUGAAGCAGCUUUAGUUAUGAUCAAGCUGUGAAUGUUCAAAGUAUCUGUUAUGCAUUGAAUUUGAUGCUGGUUUAUUUUUAAAGCUUAAGCUGGUAGAUAAAUUGGUGAAGAGCAUUGCUGCCAAUCGUGUGUGUUUGUAUGAGGUUUAUAUAGCUUUUUUCAAAAUCAUCUAGCCCUGUAGCCUUACUGGGUUGCAAGUUGCAAAGCUGUUUUACAAUGUGAAUGAAGGGAAUUGUGCUGUUGUUGACCAUAGUACAAGUGUCCAGAUCCUGCUUUAAUGGAUUGUUUUUUUUAUGGUCGCAGAUGGUUCAGUGUGUGUUCUUGCAGAAGGUUCUCACUGCUCUGUGCAGGCUGAGACCCUCUCCCUUUCUCUUGUGCUUUCUGAACGUUCUGUGGAACUUGACAAGCCUGAAAGAAAUUUUGUAUAAAUUUGUACAAUACUGUUAAAAAAAAGUUUAUAAUCUUAGAAAUGUUGUGUUACUUUAUUCUUGUGCAAAUAUUCUGAAUAAAAGAUUUAUCAGUUAAAUCAUUAAAAUGUUU